AUGUUUACCUCGGGGCACCCCCAGGAUCCCCACCCCCACCUCUAUGGGCACCCCAAAACCCGCCCGGACACCGCCCAGGUGUGGCUGCAGACUCUGGGGGCGGCCCUGGGGGUGUCCCUGGCCCCACACCUGGUGCUGCUGUUGGUACCGGCGGAUUCGGGGUCGCCGCGGCGCCGGGGGUUGCUGCGGCUGUUGCUGAGCUUCGCCGCCGGGGGUUUGCUGGGGGACGCCUUCCUGCACCUCAUCCCCCACGCCCUGGCCCCCCACGAGCACCACGAGGGUCACGGCCACUCCCACCACGGGCACGCCCCCCACGAGCACCACGAGGGUCACGGCCACUCCCACCACGGGCACGACCCCCACCACGGCCACGCCCACCACGGGCAGGCUCUGGCCGUGGGGCUCUGGGUCCUGGCAGGAAUCGUCACCUUCCUGGGGGUGGAGCUGGGGGUCCGGCACUGCGGCGGCCACGGCCACGGCCACAAAGCCAAGCACAGCUCCAGCGAGGACGAGGCCGACGGUGACCCCGGGGCCACCAAGGCCACCAAGGGGACCAAGGGGACAAAAGGCACCAAAGCCACCAAGAGCCAGCGCAGGAGGAGCCCGGACGGGGAGAGAGCCGCCAUGGCGGUAUCGGGGUACCUGAACCUGGCAGCCGACGCCGCCCACAACUUCACGGACGGGCUGGCGCUGGGAGCGGCGUUUUGGGGGAGCCCGGCCCGGGGGGCUCUGACGGCGCUGUCGGUGCUGCUGCACGAACUUCCCCACGAAUUGGGGGACAUGGCCCUGCUGCUGCGCGCCGGCUGCUCCAAGGGACAGGCCAUGCUGCUGCAACUUCUGACCGCCGUGGCCGCCUUGGCCGGAGCCGCCUGCUCCCUUCUGGCGGAAGGUUCCGGAACCGGAGCCGUCUCCGGGAUCCUUCCCUUCACCGCCGGCGGAUUCAUUUACCUGGGAACCGUCUCCGUGCUUCCCGAAAUCCUCCGGAAUUCCGGCCCCGCCCAGGCCCUGCUGCAACUCCUGGCGCUGCUGGCCGGCGUGGCCAUGAUGCUGCUCAUCGCCCACUACGAGUAGGGAAUUCCCCCCCCAAAAAAAUCCCCCAAAAAUCCCCUCAAAAUUCCCAAAAAAUCCCCUCAAAAUUCCCAAAAAAC